AUGUCCAAGAGACACCGCAUCGACGUCGGCGAGUCUGCAGUGAGCAAACAUCGUAUGGAGGAGUACACUUCGUCGAAGAAAAACAAAGCCGUUGACGGCAGAGGCAAGACGUGCGGCAGGGAGCACGAUGACGAGUCUUCGUCGUCGUUAAACGAUCACUCUUCUUCAUCGCUAACCACUGGAAUAUCGGCGGCUGCUACGACAAACGUUGUGGUCAAUCGGACGACCAUGGCCAAAUUCAACCCACUAAACAAUCAGACUUACAGUGCCCGUUACUACGACCUAUACAAGAAGCGAUCAGCUUUGCCGGUAUUCGAGUACCGCGAGAAAUUCAUGGAAUUGUUGCAGCAGAACCAGGAGCUGGUGUUGAUGGGCGAAACGGGAUCCGGCAAAACCACACAGAUUCCUCAGUGGUGCCUGGAAUAUGUGAGACUCAAAUAUGGAACAGCUGUUGCGGGGGGCGGCGAGGCACGCAAAUGCGUCGCCUGCACCCAGCCACGUCGAGUGGCCGCUAUGUCCGUCGCGACUCGCGUCGCUGAGGAGUUGGACGUGCAACUGGGCUCUGAAGUGGGCUACAGCAUCCGUUUCGAAGACUGCAGCUCCCCGCGCACGAUUCUUAAGUAUCUGACCGACGGUAUGCUUCUCAGAGAAGCGAUGUCCGACCCGCUGCUAGAAGCUUACGGCGUCAUCAUGCUGGACGAAGCCCACGAGCGCACGCUGGCUACCGAUAUCUUGAUGGGUCUUUUAAAGGAGAUCAAGAAGCAGCGUAAAGACCUGAAGAUCGUGAUCAUGAGCGCUACGCUGGACGCCAAGAAAUUUCAGUUGUAUUUUGAUAAUUGUCCGCUUAUGUCGAUUCCGGGCCGCACAUUUCCGGUUGAAAUAUUUUACACACCUGAACCUGAGCGAGAUUACCUGGAAGCAGCGAUCCGGACGGUUGUGCAAAUACAUUUAUGCGAAGAAAUUGAGGGCGAUAUUUUACUAUUCCUGACAGGACAGGAGGAGAUAGAAGAGGCGUGCAAGAGAAUCAAGAAGGAGAUCGACAAUCUUGGCCCUGAUGUCGGCGACUUGCGAUGUAUCCCGUUGUAUUCCACUUUGCCUCCGAACCUCCAACAACGGAUAUUUGAACCAGCACCCCCGAGGAAAAGCAACGGCGCCAUCGGCAGGAAAUGUGUCAUCUCUACAAAUAUCGCUGAAACAUCCCUCACCAUCGACGGCAUAGUUUUUGUCAUUGAUCCCGGAUUUUCUAAACAAAAAGUCUACAACCCUCGUAUACGCGUCGAAUCGCUUCUGGUUUGUCCGAUUAGCCAGGCAUCGUCGCUGCAGCGCGCCGGUCGUGCCGGUCGUACGCGUGCCGGCAAGUGCUUCAGAUUGUACACAGAGAAAGCUUUCAAACAAGACAUGCAGGAACAAACUUAUCCGGAAAUACUUCGCUCCAACCUUGGCAGCGUCGUCCUGGAACUGAAGAAGCUGGGAAUAGAUGACCUGGUUCAUUUCGAUUUCAUGGAUCCUCCGGCGCCAGAAACAUUGAUGCGUGCAUUGGAGUUGUUGAACUACCUUGGCGCUCUGGACGACGACGGCGAACUGAGUACUCUGGGCUCGAUCAUGGCUGAAUUUCCUCUUGACCCGCAGCUGUCUAAAAUGCUGAUCGCCUCAUGCGAUCUGAACUGCUCUAACGAAGUGCUGUCAAUUACGGCCAUGCUUUCAGAUCACGAAGAUGUCCAAUGGUGUUAUGAAAACUUUAUCAGCUAUCGAUCGAUGAAAAACGCGGAUAACGUUCGACAACAGCUCUCUCGCAUAAUGGACCGUUUUAACCUGAAGCGAACGAGUACCGAGUUCACGAGUAAAGAUUACUACAUGAAUAUAAGAAAAGCCCUCGUUUCUGGCUUUUUCAUGCAAAUUGCCCACCUUGAAAGAGCUGGCCAUUACCUGACUGUUAAAGAUAACCAAGUUGUUCAGCUGCAUCCGAGUACGGUGCUGGACCACAAACCGGAGUGGGUGGUGUACAAUGAAUUCGUGCUGACCACAAAGAACUAUAUCCGGACCGUUACGGAUGUAAAACCCGAAUGGCUUCUGAAAAUUGCACCGCAGUACUACGACUUGAGUAACUUUCCGGUUUGCGAGGCGAAACGCCAGUUGGAACAGAUCGCCAUUCGAAUCGAGUCAAAAAAGUACAAAGAGGGAUUUUGA